GGCCCUCAAUAUGUGUGCACGAAUUUCGCAACGUUCGUCUGCGUCGCGUGCAGCGGAAUCCACCGCGAGUACACGCAUCGCCUCAAGUCCGUGUCAAUGGCCAAGUUCACCCCUGAGGAGGUGGCAGCGCUGCAGCAAGGCGGCAACCAGAAAGCGCGGGAGUUUUUCCUCGCGAAUGCCAGCAGGGUGGAGCCUCCAGAUCCCAACGACCCAAAUCGGCUGAGGGAGUUCGUGCGAUCAGUCUACGUGGAGAGGCGAUACGUGGCCAGCAGAGACCCGAACGCUGCUGCUGCACCACCUGCGCGCGCGCAGCCCUCUUCCCCCUCCCCUUCCGCCGACCUCCCCCCAGCCUCCGCCUCCUCCCCGCAGCCCGUCUCCUCGUCCCAGCACAACGAUCACAGCCGUUUAUCUUCGGACUCCAGAGCCAUGCGGGCUUCUGCGGAUGGGUACGGUGGUGCGAGUGGGGCGAGCAGAGGGCCGGGUAGAAGCGCGGGGUAUGGGAGUGAUAGGCAGCCGCAGCAGCAGCAGCAGCAGCAGCAGCCGCCGCAGGAGGAGAAGCGGAGGCACAAGGGCGGCAGAGGGGGAGGAGGAGGGGGGCAGGGCGUGCAGGCGGUGAGUGUGCCUGUGAGUCAGGUGCUGGGGCGAGAUGUGGAGGAACUGAAGGUGUAUGCAGAAGGGGAGGAAGGGGCGGUGGGGAAUGGCGUGAAUGGGGGGCAUGCGGGACGGGGAGAGGAGCAGGGAGGAGCGCCUGGAAGCCCUGGCUCCAUUGCUUCCUCUGCGGCAUCUCGAAAGGCAGCAGACGCCCACCCGCCAACGCCCGAGAGCAAGCUCAACCCUUCCACCAGCGCCGCCCCCCCCAGUGCCGCCGUCACCACGGCCAGCCUCAUAGACUUCUCUUUUGACGAUCCCACCCCUGCACCGCUCACUGCGGGCGCAUCUGCUGCACCAACAGCAGCAGCAGCAGCAGCAGUAGCAGCAGCAGACCCCUUUGGGCUGGCAGAUCUGCUCGCACCUGCCCCUGUUGCCGCUGAUCCCACCCAAGGCAUGGGCGCUGCAGGUAUGGGAGGGUUGGACUCUGCAGGUAUGGGCGGUGCUGCGGCCGGGCCUCCGUACGGGGCUCAAUUCCCCAGGGGCGCUCAGCUGUUUGGGGGUCAGCCCUUUGGGGGCGAGCCGCUGCCAGGGCAGCAGUUCGGGGCAGCGCCGGCGCCGCCUGUGGGAGGCCAGGCGUUUGGGGGCGGUCAGCCUGGGACAGCUGGAGGACAGGCGUUUGCAGGGCAGCAGUUUGGAGGGCAGCCGUUCGGAGGGCAGGCGUUUGGAGGGCAGCAAUUCGAGGGGCAGCAUUUUGAAGGGCAACAGUUUGGCACGGUUCAGCCUGGUGGUGUGGAGUUUGGUGCGGUGCAGAACGCUGGU